CAUUUGGAAACCAUUUCUCUUACACAAGAGAGUACUAGCCACUACUCCUUCUGAUUGCUAAAAGUCAAUAUGGGUUUCGCAGAUCAUAUACAGUCUAUCCCUGAUAGCUAUAUUGUGGUCUUGAAGCCUGAGAUCAACGACCAAGCUAUUACAUCUCACAUUGACUCGAUUAAGUCCCAGACUGGCCAGGGCUCUGCGGCAACAUUGCAGAAGCCGCUAGACAUUGAGAAAUUCUCUUUUCAUACCUCAGGGGGUGCACACACCACUGCACUAGAACAGACUCCAUCUACCUUAAAAGGGUAUAUGGGAACUUUCUCCCCUGACGUUUUACAGAUGAUCGGAAAAUCAGCUGAGGUGGACUAUAUUGAAUCAAACCAAUACUUUCAUAUUCAAGAUACUGUCGAGCAACCUAAUCCCCCUUCAUGGGGUUUAUCUCGGAUCUCACACCGCGGUCCGCAUAAUUCUGGGAAUAACAAGUACACUUAUGACAAGAAUGAAUCUGGGCAAGGCGUAACUGCCUAUGUUGUUGAUACUGGUAUUAAGAUCAAUCACAACGACUUUAACACCAAUGGCAGAUCUCGUGCUGAAUGGGGAAUAACAAUCCCUAGUGGCGCUAGUGAUACUGACAAUCAAGGACAUGGCACGCAUGUUGCGGGCACUAUAGCCGGUACUAAAUAUGGUGUUGCAAAAGAAGCCACGGUUGUUGCUGUUAAAGUCUUCCCGGACGACUCGGGAACUACAGAUACUUCAACGAUUAUCAGGGGAAUCGAAUGGGCCGUAAAAGAUGCUCAGAAUCGAGGCAUUACAAAGACUGUUAUGAAUUUGAGCCUUGGAGGAGGGAUUAGUCCAACUUUGGACUCUGCUGUAGAAGCUGCAGUUCAAGCAGGAAUGGUUGUUGCGGUAGCAGCAGGUAACAAUGGUACAGAUGCUGGCAGUGUCUCCCCGGCCCGUUCUCCGCAUGCUCUAACUACAGGGGCAAUUGAUCAGACGGAUACAAUGCCUUGGUGGUCCAACUGGGGCCAGAUCCUUGACUUCAAUGCACCUGGGGUAAAUAUUGUCUCCUGUGGCAUUAGCAGUACAGAUGCCGAGGCAACCCUGAGUGGAACUUCUAUGGCCUCGCCACAUAUAGCAGGACUAGCUUCCUGCCUACGCCAGGAUCCUCAAUACGGUAACUUUCACCGGCUUGCAUAUGAACUACGCCUUCGUGCGGAAGGAGGAUGCAAGCCUUAUGCGGGGCAUGAAGUCGGAACUCCUAAUCUUGCUGCUGUUAACAAAACGGUUUAUUAAUUAAUGUCUGCCGACAGUUUCCAGAAGCGGUAGGGAAAGUUGGAAAGAAAGUGAAACCAAUUCUGUGUUUGCUUGCG